AUGGAUUUGCUGGAAUUCCUCAAAAAAGAAUCGCUACUGACCGUGAAACCCCUCUCGAUUCUACAAUUGGCUCAAAAAUUCAAACGAAUGAGCGGAUCAUCGACGGAAACCGAACUGAUUGAAACCGAAAUCUAUGGUCAUCAAAGACGAAUCCCGACGUAUUCUGAGAUCGACUGGAUUACGAGAAUUCGAAUGAUGUUCACGUUGGGAUACAUUAUUUAUAAAGAAGAGAUAAAAGAGUGGAAUCUUCAUAAAUAUGGAGAAAUCAAAUUGAAUCAGAGCUCUCGAAUCUUGACAUUUGUGCCAAAAGACAAGAGUUACCGAUUGGAAGGUGAUUUUGAUGAGAUUCUCGCAGAAGAAGAACGAAUGGAUUGUCAUAUUGCAAACGGUCUCAAAUCUGAAGAUGACUUAUUGUUUCUGAAAUUUAUCGCUGAAAAGUCGCUGAAUGAGUGCGGUGUACCGAAGACAAUAAAUACCCUUCAAGGUUAUAUUCGUCAGAUUCGUUCCGCUAUUCCGCAUACUAUUUAUUUCGAUUUGGAGAGAAAAGUCAGGAUGAUGUUCGCAAUUAGUGCGAAAAUCGAAAAAGAGUUUUUGGCAGAACUCCAAAAGGACGCCUUUGUGGAUCUCGACGACCAGCAACAUAUCAUCGAAUACAGAUCAAAUGACAACAGUAUUCACUUGAAAGGCCUUCAUGAUUCUGCUGCGAAAGUGGGGACUCGCGGUGAUGAUUUCAUGGGAGCCUCAACUUCGGCGAAGAAGCCUUCCUCCUACACGCCGCAACAAUGCGAGGAUUUGUUCGAUCAUCUUGCUCUCAGAGCAUUCCAAGCCACAGAACCAUUGAAUGUGAAGAGAUUAAUCAGCAAUUACAAUAAGGACAAGGGAAUUACACAGUCGAAACUCCCGAUGAAUGCUUUCAUCUCUUCACUUUUCGAAACAAUCAAAGCGAAAGACGAUUGGUCACUGCAUCAGAGAGUUCAAAUGAUGUUCGUUCUCGGUGUGAAGCUGGAUUCCGAUUAUGUGACCGUACUUGAAAAGAAAGCCGAUGUGGUGACUGAUUAUGAGAUGAGAAUCACAAAAUAUUCUUCGCACAGAGACAAAUUCCACUUGGAAGGAAUUAAUGAAGAAAAGGAAAAGGAGGUUGAAGUAAAGGCCGAUGAACGAAUGAGAAGAAGUAGAAGAACUAACCCAGUAGUCAGCGAAGACCAGAAGCCAUUCGGAACACCGAGCAAGAAGUUAAAGUUAGAACCGAAGAACGAAGAACCAUCCGAAACACCUCCAGAUGCUCAGGACGACGCUGAUAGAACGCGCAAUGACGUGGCAGAACCCGCAGUCGUUAAAUCCGAGGAGACGAUCCCACUUCUCCACAUUCUUGAAGGCCUGAAAAUGAUGGUGGAGGAGCUGAAUUCUUUGAAUCUUUCAGCAGAUAUCAAAAAGAUUGAUAAGUCGUUGAGGGAUGCCAAAUACAAGGAUGUUUGUAUCCUCGUCUGCCAUCUGGACAUAGCUCUUCAGUCUUGCUUCCUUCUUUCUACUAAACGAUUACACAAUGUUUGGUCCGCCGAGAGUGAGAAGCCGUACGGUGAAUUCGUUCGGAUCUUCAAUAAGACAAUCUCCUCAUGGAAUUCACCGGGACUCGCCGAGCUUCAGACAAUUAUCAAUGGAAAUUUGGCCGAGAAAAAUAAGAAAUUUGUCUCAAUGGGAAGUUUUUCAUUGGAAUCAAACGAAAAGUCAUCGCGCGACAAUAUGAUUGUCUACGUCCUUCUGGCUAUCAUCGCCGCCAUCGCCUACUAUUUCUUCUCUAAAAAUGGGACGGAUGAGCCGCCGAAAACAGCUCCGAAGAGCACAAGAAGCACUCGAUCGGCGCCUAGGACGUCUUCAAGGAAACCGGUAGUGGUCACUGAGCAACCGGCUCCAGUUCCGGCUCCAGUUGUCUCAGCUCCAGAAGUUCAGCAGCCAGUGGAGGCUCCUCCAGCUCCACCAGCUCCAGCACCUGCUCCAGUCCAAGAAAUUCCUGCUCCGGCUCCUGCUCCAGCUGUAGAACCUGUACCAGAAGUUCCUGCUCCAGUCCAAGUUGCACCACCACCAUCCGAACCUGCACCAGCUCCGGCACCUGAACCAGUGCCGAUUCUCGACCCAUUGAGCUCUCCAAUCCGUCCACCAAUCGGUGGAAACUCUGUUUUAUUGGCGCCCCCGGAUAACUUCUCCGGUCAAAUUGGCGGAAAAUCGGAACGAUUGGCUCCGGAUGUUGCUCCACCGGCCCCGGCUCCACUUGCUCCGACUCCAGAAGUUCCAGCUCCAGAAGCUCCGGCUCCGGCUCCAGUUCCACAGGCGGCUCCACAGGCGGCUCCAGUCGAGUCUGUCAUGUUGGCUCCGAAAACAAAUGAAACUGCGCAGGCACCACCACCGGGAGGACCGUCAUCGGCUCACUUGCCAGUCGCCUCCGCUGGUGACACAUCGAAAAAGUCGAAGAAAACGAAAAAGAAGAAGAACAAGAAGUCGAAGGAUAAGAAAAAAUCCGCCAAUACCUCCACCAAAAACAAGAAGAAGAAGAAGAAGAGCAAGGGAAAGAGCACCUCUUCAUCAGCUGCUCCAUCCCCAGCUCAACCUGAAACCGGAGUCCAAACAGCCAACGAAAUCCGUAACGAUGCUCCAGAAUCCAACGUCAAUACUGCCCUCUCCAUCCGUUCCCCAGCCGCUCAAGACGCUCCUGAACCAGAUGUCAAAACUGCUGCCGAGGCGAAAAAUGACGAUCCAGAGACUGGUGUGAAGACGGCUGCAGAGGAUAAAAACGACGUGCCAGAAUCUGGAGUCAAAACUGCCAACGAGGCGAAAAAUGAUGUUCCGGAGUCGGGAGUAAAGACGGCUGCUGAAGAUAAGAGUGAUGCUCCAGAAUCUGGUGUGAAGACUGCGACGGAGAUGGGUGGAGGAGAGCAGCCGAAGCGAGAUGGAGGUGCUCCAAAGGAAUAG